GGAUAUUUUUACCAUUAUUAUUAUAAUCAUGUAAACUUUACAAUUAUAAUCAUAAUUACAUGACGAUGUAGAUAAGAUUGUUACCCAUACAUACUGCCACGUGGCAAAAAAAAUCAUCCACGUACACCUCCUGCUAAUUUCAGUAGAGAAACCAACCGGAGAAGCUUUCUGGAGCUGAGUCUGAAACUUCCAUUUUUGAAAUCUGAUGGACAGAACUUUGGUUUUGGAUCCAAUAGGGAAACCACCUCAGUUUCUUCGAAGGUCGAAAGAUGAGCAAUUCUUCUCCCACCUACUUCGACAAAACCCCAGGCUUAAACUCCACGAGCUCAAGCAAGUCCAAGCCCAACUCAUCCGCAGAGCCCUCCACCAUGACAAUAUUCUCAUUACAAAACUCAUCUCAAUCUGCUCGGAUUCUGGAAUCAUGGACUAUGCUGGCCGUCUCUUCAACUAUGUUGAAGAACCUGAUCUCAUCCUCUGUAAUUCUAUGCUGAAGGGUUAUACUAGAAACGGUUACUUUGAGAUAGCUAUUCUCUUCUAUGUUCGAUUUGUUUUGAGGGAAUUCAUUCCGGACCACUUCACCUUCCCUUAUGUCCUCAAGGCUUGCGCUGCCAUGUGCUCCACCUACCUUGGCCAGCAAAUUCAUGGCUACCUGAUUAAGAACAGUACUGUUUCUAAAGAUAUUUUUGUGUUAAAUUCGCUUCUGGAUAUGUACUUUAAGUGCCAUCAGAAUGAAGCUGCAAUGCUGGUUUUCAGGCAAAUUUCUGAACCCAAUUUGACUUCUUGGAAUAUCAUGUUAUUGAGAUUUGUGAGUUCGGAUGAUUUGAAUUCAGUACGAAAGAUCUUUGAUGAAAUGCCUCAAAGAGAUGCCAUUUCGUGGAAUACAAUGAUUAGUGCUUAUGCGAAAUCAGGGCGGUUGGAAAUUGCUAAGAACCUAUUUGAUGAGAUGCCCGAGAGAAAUUUAGUCUCGUGGAAUGCUUUGAUUGCUGGAUAUUCUCAAAAUAACCAGAAUGAUGAAGCUUUGUCAAUAUUUUCCCAAAUGUUGAAGUCUGGAAUCAGACCUGACAAUGCCACAAUACUUUCGGUAAUGUCCGCUGUCUUUGGGGCUAUCUCACCAGACUCGGAUGCUGUGGAACAGAUCAUCACUUUUGCAAAGUCAGCUAAUUCCCUAUCCGUUUCAACAGGACUCUUAAGUCUUUACGCUAAACUUGGGAGAAUGGAUGAUGCUAGAAAAGUGUUUGAUGAGAUUCCGGAGAAAGAUCUUGUGACAUGGAAUGCGAUGAUUGCAGGGUACUCUCAGAAUCAAAGACCGAUGGAGGCAAUUAAGCUAUUUCGAGAGAUGCAAUCAGAACGUAAGAUAGGUGUUAAACCUGAUGGAGUAACAAUGGUUAGCUUGAUUGCUUCUUGUUCCCAGAUCGGUGCUUUGGGGCUUGGGGAGUGGGUACAUACUUACAUAAAGAAGAAUGAGAUCAUGUUGGAUGUUUUCUUGGCUACUUCUCUUAUUGACAUGUAUGCCAAAUGUGGAGACAUAAAUCAAGCUUGUCACUUGUUUCAGGAAAUGCCUACAAGGGACUUGGCUGCUUGGAAUGCAAUGAUCAAGGGAUUGGCUAUACAUGGGCAGGGAAAAGAAGCUCUAGAGAUCUUUUCCUUGAUGAAAAGGAAUGGGGUAUUACCCAAUGAUAUUACCUUUGUAGGCUUGCUUAGUGCAUGUAGUCAUGGAGGAUUGACAUCCGAGGGCUUAGAGGUAUUCAGUUUGAUGCAAAAUCAAUACAACAUUGUUCCACAAGUUGAGCAUUAUGGUUGUGUUGUUGACCUACUUGGUCGCGCAGGGCAGUUAACAGAUGCUUAUGAGUUUAUAAAAUGCAUGCCUGUCCAGCCUGACAGGGUUGUUUGGGGAGCAUUGCUGACUGCAUGUCAAUCCCAGCAAAAUGUUGAAUUGGCUGAAGAAGCAGCUAAUAGGCUUAUUGAGUUGGACCCCAACCAUGAUGGUAAUUAUGUGAUUUUGUCCAAUGUGUAUGCCUCAGUGAGGAAAUGGAGAGAUGUUGCAAAGGUGAGAGCUAGGAUGAAGGCCAAUCAUGUGCAGAAGACUCCUGGAUGUAGUGCUGUUGAACUCGGCGGUGUUUUACAUGAAUUUACUGCUGGAGAUAGGUCACACCCAAAAUCUGUAGAGAUUUAUGCUGCUUGGGAUGAGCUCAUGAAGCGAAUCAAACCAAUGGGGUAUGAACCAGACACUGGGGUCUUAUUGAGGAACUUGAAUGAGGAGGAUGGAGAACAAGCCUUGUAUUGUCACAGCGAAAAGUUGGCGUUAACAUUUGCACUAAUUACUUCAGAACCAGAAUCACCAAUCAAAAUUGUGAAGAACUUAAGGAUAUGUGGGGAUUGUCAUAGAGCCAUGGAACUGGUGUCCAAGCUUGAAAAUAGGGACAUAACUGUGAGGGACCGCAACCGUUUCCAUCAUUUUAAAGGUGGGUUAUGUUCUUGCAGAGGCUACUGGUGAACCAUGGAAUUGCUGUCUUGAGCUUGAAAAUGGAGAAAUAGCUGUGGGGGACAAGUGGAAUCCACCAAUUGUAAGCCCCAUUAAAUUAACUGUUGAUGGCAGUAGUUUUGGGAAUCCAAACCCAGCAGGAAUGGAGGCCGGGAGUGUAGAGAUAUCAUUUGGGUAAUAUCCUUAUGGUAUCUCCAGGUCCCAUUAGGAGAAAGGACUCCACAAGUAAGGGUGAUCAUUCAAGGUUAAUCAAUCUAUGCCCAUUAGCCAUGGACACAGUAAUGGAGAGACUCAAAUUUGGUUAUCAAAUGGCUAUCACAGAAUGGAGAUGUACCAUGGAGGUCGGUGGACCUAAUCAGGAGGGCUCGAGCUAUGUCCAUACAAGGGAACAUAUUGUUUUCAUGGACCAAGAUCUAUGAACACUCCUUGGCAGAUGUGCUAGUGCAAGAAAGGGGUGCAAGGAACGGGUUCUAUAUCGUCGAAUCGAAGAAGAAAAAAAAAAAAAAAGCAACCCAGUGCAUGAGGCUCCCACUACUGCAGGGUUUGGGAGGAGCAAAAAUGUACACACCCUUCCUGUCUACUUCACUGGAAAGGUUGUUUCCAAGUUUCAGACCCUACCCAAGUUGUAUGAUAUAAUGAUGUAUAGUUACCAUGUUGGGUGAGGUUCUGGUGUUGGAUAUGUGUAUUUUUUAUAUAUUUGUAUGCAUGAUACAUCUUUUGGGGUGUUCAUAAACUGAAAAUUUUCAUUUUUUCCAUCCAAAGAAUCACAUUCUCAUUUUGUUGGGAUGAUUUCUUCUUAAAAGUAUCAACUUGAAGUGCUUUACUGAAAAGUCAUUCUAGAAAAUCAGGAAGUUAUACUGAAUGCUGUGUAUGUUGCCAAGGA